AUGCUCCCACUACAAUCGGGAUCAACUACUGUUCCACCUUCGCAAAGUGAAAAUCAAAAAGCUGCCCUACAACAGCGUAGUCAGUCAUCUCAAACAGAACCCCUUGAUGAGGUUGGCCAAAAUAGAAGUAUUGUGGGGGACGAACCCAAGAAGGAAACAAGCGAUAAGGAAAUGUUAUCAAGUAAUAAAGAACAAAUGACCGACAAGAAGAUUAGCAAAAAGAAAGACAAGAAGAAAAAGAAGAAAGAUGCGAAAAAGAAGAAAGAGAAGCAAGUAUCAGAAACUCAAGAGAAGAAAUCGUGUGAAUCAAAUACAGAACAGAGACAGCAAGCAACAGACCAGAGCCCGUCCGUCGACUUGGGCUCAUCAAAGGAGAAAAUAAAAAUAAGCACAGAGAAGCCAGUGCAAGCAACUGAAGAGGUAACUGGAGCGGAGAACUUGGACAAGGAAAAUGAAUCGGUAGCAAGCUCUGCUGAACAGCUUGUUAUCCAUGGCUCUCAAAAGAAAUGUGAGUCAGAAGCACAGCAACAGGUAGAGAAAUUAUUGGUAACAAAACAAGAGAAGGAAUCUGGCGCCGUUCCAAUUGUUACUGAGGAAGUACCGAAGAAAGAGAUUGUCAAACCCGAAGGUGGCUUACCAGACGUUCAGCCAGAAACAAAGCAGAGUAAGAAAGAUAAAAAGGACCAACUAACUGUUACUGAGGUAGUACCGAAGAAAGAGAUAUUCAAAGCCGAAGGUGCCUUCCCAGACGUUCAGCCUGAAACAACGGAGCAUAAGAAAGAAAAGAAGGACCAACCAACUGUUACUGAGGAAUUACCUAAGAAAGAGUUUGUCAAACUCGAAGGUAGCUUACCAGACGUUCAGCCAGAAACAAAGGAGAGUAAGAAAGAUAAGAUGGAACAACUAAUUGUUACUGAGGAUGAACCGAAGGAGGAGAGAGUCAAAGCACAAGGUGGCCUAAUAGCCAUUCAGCCAGAAAGUAAGGAGAAGAAAGAUAAGAAGAAGGACAAGAAGCAAAAAAAAAAUGAAGACAAGCUAAUAGACAAGGAGAAACCUUGUAAGCCAAGCCUGACGGAGAAGGCUACUGUCCAGAAGCUAGUCGAUGGUAAAAGUGCAAAGCCAUCCGAAAAUGAUGCUUCCCAUCAACAGGAAAUUCAAACAUUGGCUACAAAAGUUCUCAAAGAAUGUCCAAAACUUGACAAGGAUGGAACGAAGAAAGGAACGGGUGAUAAGUCGAGCUCAUCAGCUAACAGCGAUAAAAAAGUGGACACAAAACCAACUCAACUUAUCGAAGAGAAAACAUCAAACAAUAAGCAGACUUUUGAAGGUCCUCAAGAGGUAAGAAUCUUUGUAUAA